UCUUUUAAUGUGAUUAGUCAUGUAAAACCAAUGGCUCCCCCGCACCUUCUCUUUCAAACACCUUCGCCAAUCAUCUCAGGCAAAUGGGCAGAGCUGCUUCUCCUUGGAAACUAGGAACAUGCUGGUGAUAUUUUUAGUGACAUGCAAGAAUCGAGGUGUACCAUAUGGAGGGUUAGGGCCUCUUUUAUUUUUUCGCAGAAUUCUGACUUUCUUAUGACAUUUUUCACAUGUGGCCCUAAUCCUCUUCCGUAGUACCAUAAGUCAAGUAGAACAAAAAUUAUUUUCCAAUAUUCCCUUGUCAGACAUUUAACAUACACUGCUGACGUGCUAUUUUUUGACAAUGUUUUGAAUAUUUGACCAUCUCUGUCUCCAUCCCUACCGUUCCUCCACCAGCCCAAGCCCCCGUUUAAAAACCCCGCGCGAUGGCGUUCCUGCAGCAGAUGCGCUCCCCUCGCCUCUCCUUCAUCCAGACCGUUGUGUCUCUCAUCACGGGGGGCGUUGCCCUCAUGUCCUCCUACUGGUGCGUGGGUAAACAGAAAGUGCCCAAGCCACUCUGCUCGCCCAUCAAGCAGAGCAAAUGCAUCCCCGUUCCCGGCGUCACCAACUCCUCCACCAUCCAUUUCUCCUGGGAGACGGGGGACGACCGCUUCGUCUUCCCCAGCUUCCACACCGGCCUGUUUCUCAUCUGCGAGGAGAACAUCUACACAGACGUGUGGGAGGAGAAGUGUCGAGGGUUUUAUGUUUUGACCCCAGGAUCAGAAAAAGCAAUGCUAUGGCUGUCUAUAUCACUGGAGAUCAUGUAUGUCGGCCUGCUGUUAAUCAGCUGCACGCUGCUGUCCGUGCAGUUGUGUAUCCGGACCUGUUGCCCCUCCACGCAGCGCUGGGGCCAGCUGCUCAACGCUUUCGCUGCCGUCUUCACAGUCCUGGGAGGUCUGCUUGGGAUGGUGGGUCACAUGAUGUUCAUGCAGGUGUUUCAGACCACCGCCUCAAUGGGACCAGAAGACUUCAAACCUCACAGCUACGGCUACUCCUGGGCGUUCUACAUGGCCUGGUUUGCCUUCACUGUCUGCAUGUCUGCCGGUGUCUCAACCCUGAACAACUACACCAAGAAGGUCCUGAUGGUGGGGCCCAGACGCGGCUCCAGCCUCAACGCCUGCAGCUUUAACUUCAUGGGGCUCCUGCCACCCCAUUACACCCCUGCCAACCCGGGCCUCACCCUGGCCUGUCCCCCGUCUCCCCCCCGGAUCUCCCACUUGUCUCCCUACUACGAGCCCCCGACAGCAGCGUCACCGGCCUCCGGUCUGAGGCGCAUGCACUCCCACUCCCUUCCUCUCCCCCACUCCAACUCCUUCCCUCCUCCCCCCUCCCACCCUGCACCUGCAUCCCCGUUCCACCGCCUCUCGCUCCCCUCGCCGUCUACGUCACACACCCCGUCCGUCUCCGUCCACCUGAGCCUGCCGGGACACCAGGAGAGCAGUUACGAGCCGGAGGACUACAGCCCACUGUGAACCAGCGGAGUCUGGUGUAAUGUUUGCUUUAGUCUGAAUUAAAAAUGGUCAGCAGUCCAGUGACCCAAUGAAUCCAGGUAAUCAGCUGUGAUAACAACCACUCAGUUCAAAUAGAGAAGGACAGUGGGUUACACUUUACUGUGACACUGUCAUGAAAGUGUCAUAAACAUUAUAUACAAGUCACAACGUU